GAAGGGAGGCGUCACCAGACUGGGUCGACCAGUGAGACACAUUUUCUUUCCCCAACCUGAGGGUUUUUUUCUCACACAACAGCACACAGGGCUUUCCUGUAAACUGGGAGACAAGUUACAGAAGGAAGAGACAAACUGUUCAGCCAUGGACUCUAGACUGUGUACCGGCACAUAGAGGACCCACAACUUUAUGGAUUGUACCGCACAACUUGUCAGAAUAAUUGGGAAUGCUUUUGUGAAAGGCAGGUGAACUCUGCUCUCCCAGGGAGAUUACAGCAAGACAUGCUUCCAGCCACUGAACAGCUUGACUUCACUUGCAGCGUCAUGGGAAUCUUGUUCACACAGAGGAGGCUGAACUGGACAACAUACAGUCAGUAGUAGACUUUAUACGACAGUAUGAACGUCUGCUACGUGGAGCCUGUUUUGCAUGUCACUUAACAGGAAUACAGGAUAGUGUUGUUGUAAUUCGCGCCCUCCUGGACAAGGUAAGAGGAGCCUGGGAGAUUUGUCCAUACAAAGGCCUUUUGUUCCCAGCCAACGGCAGAAGUGGAAUAGGAGCAGCUUGGAUAACUGGAGGUGGGGAUAUUUGUGACAUUUUCAAUGAACACUUUGGUAGUGCUGCUACCUGUUUCGUAUCUGACUCUUUGCUCUUAGUCAGAGCGACACUUGGAGUAAAAAAUGGACAGUGCCAGUAAUAACGCAGAUGGACCGGGGAAGCAGCCCACUGGUUCAAUCCUGAACGUCUUUGGCAGCUUCUUUGGCCGAGAUAGAGCCGCCCCUUCAGACGUGGAGUCGGCAGUACUGAUGUCUUACAAGGAGCUGUCACAUGAGGAGAAUCCUCUUCCUGACGUUGGUGAGGCUACUGACAAUGAGAACAAGCUCAAACAAAGGGAAGACAUGCAUCAGGAUAAAGGGACAGCUUCCCGUGAUGCAGGGCAGAGGGCUGAAUCACAAGUUGAAAAAGCAGCUGGAGCCUCGGUUGACCAUGAUCUGGUCCGAGUUACUAGAGUAGAAACGUAUAUUGACAAUGAGGAAAACGAGGAGGAGAAGGCGGCCCGCAGCAGCACUAGUCUGUUGGAGAUGCUUGCCAAGUCCAGGGAGCCUGCCCUACCUAAGGAAGACAAUAAUACAAAGGAGCAUGGUGAUGGAGAAGAGAAAAAAGAUGCCAGUGAGACAGAGGCGAAGUACCAAGUGCCUGUGUUUAGAACACACAAACUUAAAGAGAGAUCCCCCAUAGAGGCUAUUUUAUAUUCAGACAGAUUUGCCAAAAGAACUAAUCAUAAGAAAAUGCUGAUCUCUCCAGUUUCCAACGAAGGAGAUGGCAGCAGUUCCAAGGAGAGCACCACCACUUUGUCUUCAGACGUAGAAACAUCUAGUACAGGAGAGAAGAGUAAAGACAAUGUGGGAACAGAUGAGAGUGAAGAGUUUACCGGUAUAGAUUGUUCUCUGCCUGUUCCUUCCAUCAUCUCUGGACACAAUGCUUUGGAGGCAUCAAGUCAUGAUGCUGCUACAGCCUCACCUUCAAAGGAGGACGUAGAUAGUGCACUAAAGGAUAAGACAAGUGAGCAAAGAUCUAAGGUUGAUAAGGGGACCGAGGAGCCUCAAUCCAGCAAGGUGUCCUCCUCUGUUCCCUCGAGCCCUAAAACUCCUGAAAUUUCAGUCCAGUCAUCCUCCAGUCCAAAGGAGCAGUCAGACUCUGCUGGUAGAAAAAAUAUAAGAAAAUCGCUGUCAUCUGCACCUGAAGAAUCCCCAGGUGACAUCCAACCAAGUGCCAGCCCUGUCUCAAAGCACACAACUCCUGCAAAGACUCCAGAACCAAAAACACCACCUCCAGCUUCAUCUGUUUCCCCCUCUUCUACUUCCUCCACCUCCUCCCCAUCGAGGGGCACACCGCUGUCUUCGCCCCCUUCCUUCCAGAUGCCAGCUCUCUUCAGUGGGUUGCGGGUGCUGAAGAAAGGAGCAGUGGGGGAAGAGAGGGAGACUGUGUCAGAGAUCAAACAGAGGGAGAAGGAUGCUGACCUGGCUCUGCUCAGCCUGAAGAAGACAGUCAACAAAGCCAAGCUCUUCCCUGAGCAGAAGGCAACCACUCCAGUUAAAAAACACGCAGAGCCUAAACCCGUUGGAGAAACUAAAAGCAAUGUUAUGGGACAACUCAGUCAACUGCUCAACCUAGACAACCAAGAUGAGACCAAAAAGUCAGAUGAUGCUGAUCCUCAACACAGCAGAAAAGACUCUGAGAAUGGAGAAAAAGUUCCAGGCCCAGAAACCCCUACAACCACACCAGAGAAAAAGAAAACCUCAGACCUGGCCUAUGAAACCUUUAGGAACAUCUUCGGCCCCAAAACUGUCAAAAAGGAAAAAACUGAAGAGGUGGAUCUGGAGGCAGUGAAGAAGAGAAUCAAGAAUGACAAGGAAAAUCUGAGGUCUGUUUUUGAGAGAACCUCCAGAUCCCCCAGCAAGGAAAUCAACAGUCCCACAGAGGCUACUACGGAGGUCACGUCCCCUACAGACAGCGAGGACAGGACCCCAGGGCGUCUUCAGGCUGUGUGGCCCCCACCCAAACCUAAAGAUGAGGAAGAGAAGGUGGGGCUCAAAUACACCGAGGCAGAGCACCAGGCUGCCCUCUUGCAGCUGAAGAGAGAGUGCAAGGAAGAUCUGGAGAGGAUGCAUUCCGACUUUGAGCUUCAGAUCUUCCAAGUGCGGGGUGAGCACGCUGUCGCAAUAUCACACCUGGAAGAUGUCAUCGCUAAGUUGCAAAGAGACAAGGGGUAUACUACAGGUCAGGAGCGCGAGGUCCGCCAUGUUGCUGUGUCUACGGCAGAUGACCUGACACCUAAGACCUAUCGCACCGUGAGCAUCCAAACAGACAGGGAGACCUUCAUCAAGAGCCCUGAGGGCGACAGUGGCGGGCUCACUCAAAGCCCCAACCAGAACGUGCCGAAAAAACUAAACCUGGACUCUAUCGGACUAAAUCUGAAAGCUGGAACGGCCCCAGGGCCUCCUGGACCACCCCCGCCGCCGCCGCCACCUCCUCCCCCUCUCCCACCAGGCCUCUCAGGACCACCACCUCCACCUCCUCCCCCUCCUCCCCCUUUGCCAGGCAACACUGGUGCGCCACCACCACCCCCUCCACCACCACCCCCACCCCCACUCCCUGGAGGUGGUCCGCCACCCCCACCACCUCCCCCUCCCCCACCUGGUCUACCUGGAGCUGGUCCACCUCCUCCUCCCCCUCCUCCAGGCGGUGGCCCGCCACCUCCUCCCCCUAUGGGGGGAUUCAGUUUCGGCCCAAACGUGGAGAAGGCCCCACGGAAAAGUGCCGUUGAGCCGGCCUGUCCCAUGAAGCCUCUGUACUGGACCAGGAUACAGAUCCAGGACACUAACAACAACACCCUCUGGGGUUCUCUGCAGGAGCCAAACAUCGUCAACGCCAAUGAGUUUGAGGAUCUUUUCUCCAAGGCCACGCUACAGCCAAAGAAGAAGCCCCUGUCGGACACCUAUGAGAAGAAAGCCAAAACUAAGAAGAUUGUCAAGCUGCUGGACGGGAAGCGUUCACAAGCAGUCGGCAUCCUCAUAUCGAGCCUGCAUCUGGAGAUGAAGGACAUUCAGCAAGCUGUUCUGACUGUGGACAACUCUGUGGUGGAUUUGGAGACCAUUGAGGCUUUAUAUGAAAAUAGGGCCACCAGCGAUGAGAUGGCCAAGAUAACGAGUCAUCAUGAGAAAUCUAAAGACGAUGAAGUCAAACUGCUGGACAAACCUGAACAGUUUCUCUAUGAGCUCUCCCAGAUUCCCAACUUUGAGGGCCGAGCAUACUGCAUCAUCUUCCAGUCAGUGUUCCUCGAUACCAUCUCCUCCAUUCGUCGCAAGGUGGAGGUCAUCUCAAAUGUCAGCAAAGAGCUGUUAGAGUGUGACGCCCUGCGGGAUGUAUUGGGUCUUGUUCUGGCCUUUGGGAACUAUAUGAACGGAGGGAACAGGACGAGAGGUCAGGCCGAUGGCUUUGGACUGGAGAUCCUCCCCAAACUAAAGGACGUCAAGAGCAGGGACAAUCGUAUAAACCUGGUGGAGUAUGUGGUUUUAUACUACCUGCGUAACUUUGACAAGGUAAGGCACCAUCAGUCAGAUUCACACAAUAUUACACUCUUAAACCAUCUGUCACUCAACACUUUAAUGUUUGUUCCUCCGUUCAAGAACGCUGGCACAGAAAAGAGCGUGUUCCCAAUGCCGGAGCCUCAGGAUUUCUUCCAGGCUGGUCAAGUUAAGUUUGAAGACCUCACCAAGGACAUCAGGAAGCUGAAGAGAGAUCUGACUGCAUGUGAGAAGAACGUGCAGAAGGUGUGUGCUAACUCGUCAGAGGAACACCUCCAGCCCUUCAAGGAGAAGAUGGAAGGAUUUAUCUCUGCUGCUCAAAAGGAUCAUUCAGCUGAAGAGGAGCGACUCAAUUCAGCACAGAGGAGUUUCCAGGACAUGGUGAACUACUUUGGGGUUAAGCCAAAGGGUGGGGAGAAAGAAGUGACCCCAAGUUUUAUGUUCAUGCUAUGGUAUGAGUUUUGCAACGACUUCAAGAACUCCUGGAUACGGCAAAACAAGAACAUCUCCAAGGAGAGGUUGAAGGAAGCCCAAGAAAACAUCAAGAAGAUCACGGCGGAGAAAAGAGUGGAAACCAAGAAGAUCAAUGCCAACAGUCUGAAAGAGAGGCUGCGGCAGAAGGAAGCCGGCGUGUCUUCCAGCUGAGUGAAACGACGAGUGACACAGCAGAGGAGGAAACGAGGAGUGGGUGGAGGAGAUCAGGAAGCGCGCAGGCCUCAUCUCUCCUGCGUUUAACCACCUGCCUCAGCAACAGCAGACUGGCCUCUGCGCCCUGUACGGACACAAUAAAACCUCGCUGGACUCUUACUACUCCCACUGCCGUAUCUCUGCCCCUACUAACACCCUCCCCUCCACCACCCUCAUGUUGAGCAUUUUCUGUCUGCUGUACAGAUUGAAGCCGGGCCUGCAGCGAGGAUGCAUGGCUGACACAGCCCAAGUGAUGAGAGCCUCAAAGGCCAAAGGUUGAUCUCAUUCAUCCAGCAGGGCGCGACCUCUGAGUGCCCAGCUUGUGAAAGGUCUCAAGGGGUCAGUGGGACUGAAAACAGCUGACACAUCCAAGAGGUUCCUUCUAGUUCUACGAGAGCUGAGUUUCUUUCUCCACUGUAGCAGAAUGAUGAAGCUACAUAUUCAAAGUUUUAUGGCAUGGUAGUUUCUGUUAUGUGGACAGAUACGGCUGCCUGAAGAGGAAAAUCCCCGUCGACAAAACAGAUCUCUGUCUCUGGAAGUGGUAAAAAAGGCAGUUGCGAGCGUUCUUUGCUGUAGCGAAUAGCGUUUCAUUCACCACGGCUCAUUAGAAGUCUUGUAAAUAUGUCUUUGUCGUAGCAUCGACAGGGACCGUGCAGCGUUGUGGAGCAUGAUAAAUGAUCCGCGCUGGGCUUCAGAUGAAGACGUGUUGCGUAUAAAACUCGUGGAGGUUUCACUGUAUUGUGUAGCACUGCACCAGACUGACCUCUCCUGGGUGACGGCCAGAGAGGAGCAGAACCUGGCAGCGAGCCCCAGCUCCCCCCUCACACGCACAUAAACAUGUACUUAAAAACAUCAGAGUUUUGGCCGUGCACCCACUCACCCAAGAUAUUAAAACACACAUUAUGCAGAAUUGUAACUCCCUCAUUGAGUGCUGUGCGUCACAUUACGUCCAGCACGCCUUUAAGCACUUUACUGCUUGCGGUAGCUGUAUGUCGUAGCUCGCUAUAAAGCCACACUCCCCUGUUCUGCUAACUGCGUGCAUUUUUUUAAAAUGUCUUGCACUUUUUUUGCACCUCUUUUCCUAUGCAAGGGGACGUUCCUCCUUGUUAGGUGAUUUAUGAAUUGUAUUGCUUCAUGAUUAGAUUUUUUAUUUCUAAGAAAGCCUAUUAAAGUGUAUGUUUUAUUUUCUCUAAUGUAAGAUGUAACCACGCUCCUGUGUCACUCAAGAAAAGUCUAUUUAUGUAAGGAAAGAUUUAUUUUCUGCCAAAAAAGCAUCAGCUUCGUUCCCUUUACAGGAUGUAUUUGUAUGAGUUGUAAUAGACUGAGAAGCUUCCUCAGAGGUCAGUCAGAUGAAAGAUAUAUUUUCACAUGAAUGAUACUUGUAAUGUCGUGCCCACUGAUUUAUGUACGUGAUGAUUUGUGGAAUUUAAAGAAUUUGAAUGAAGCCUUUUCUGUUCAGUUUUGGAGAAAGGAGGGUUGUGUUUUGAGUAUGGAGAACAUUUAAGCAUAUCACCUGAAGCCAUGUGAGUUGUUAUACCUCAGACAGACUUCCAUAAUCAGACGAUCCGUAAAACUGCACCUUGGAUUACUUUUUUUUGUUACCCUCCAAAGUCUUUCACAUGUGCCAUUUAUUUUGUAAAAAAAAAAAAAAAAAAGAAGAUAUUUAAUAAACU